GAUGCCAACGAAUAUACCCCAGUACCAUGCUAUACCUACCUCGCCCAUCUCACUUCUCCUGACCCGGCCUGAAAUAUGUUCCUAUCAGGAUUGCUGAGUGCCCCAUCGAGGAGGAGGGGUUCCUCCAGAUCGCAUAGGUCCAAGAAUCCUGGCGAAUUUGUCAAGGGCCGGCGGAGAGCGGCCGAUCAGGACGGUCCCGCUUCGAAUACCCUCGUCUCGCGCACCGAGGCCUUCAGAACAACAGAGUACAGGAACGCGGUGCGAUCCCUAGCGUUGCAGGAAUUCAAGGGCUUGUCUAAAUCCGUCAUCGACGCUGUCUUGUCCGAAUUCAACCACUCUUAUCUUGACGCCCGACCGACUCUAGUAGACCUAUCGUCCAAGUCGUGGAAGUUUACCAUAUCCUCUCUGUUCUUCCGUCGUAAACCUGUCACCUCUGCUGAGGCGGAAACGCACCCCCUUAUUAUAUGGAAGCCUUUCGACGACGGACCCUCGAGACCGACCCUGAAACCCACAGGCAGUCCGGAGUUGGACAGAGAGUUAUUCGAGGAGUUGAUCGUGCCAUUGCAGCAACGCGAGAAGCUUGCGAGGGAGGAACGCGACUACGUCUUAGCCAUGUCCUUGCAUACUGAGGAAGCCGAAGCCUGUGAAGCAACAUACGAGUGCAACUGCUGCUAUUCGGACGGCGUCUUCGAGGAAUUCACCGCCUGCAGCGCCGAGGGACAUAUGGUCUGCUUCAAUUGCGUCCGACACUCUAUUACCGAGGCCGUCUUUGGCCAAGGUUGGCAUCGUAGCAUCGACAAAGACACGGGCACCCUCCGGUGUCCUGCUGUCGCAUCGGUGGAGUGUCAAGGUUGCAUAUCAUCGGAGCACAUGUGUCGGGCCAUGAGCGGGGGGAAGAACGGGGACGAGAUCCUACGCAAGCUCGAUCAGCGCCUGGCAGAGCAUAGCCUCCUGUCCAGCGGUUUAUCCCUGAUUCGGUGUCCGUUCUGCACUUACGCAGAGGUCGACGAUUUAUACUUGCCGACGAACGCGUCGCGGCUAAAGCUACGGUCCAGGAGUCUCGCCAACAUUCUUCUCGCGUUGAUUACCUUGCUCCUCUUACCGCUGACCUUACCCAUAAUAAUACUAGCACUAGCCUAUACCAUUCUGUAUCUGAAUAGGUCAUUUAGGGAGAGGGUAUACCGGCAAAUCAACGAGGCGCUCGGCCGGUACCAGCGUCGCCGCCGUGGCUUGAAAUUUCAUUGCCAGAACCCAUCCUGCGGUCGUCCGUCUUGCAUAUCAUGCUCGAAAGCAUGGGUGGAUGUUCAUGUUUGCCACGAAUCAUCUCUUAUCGCUCUGCGCACACAGGUCGAGCAAGCAAUGUCGAUGGCUAUUAAACGCGUAUGCCCCCGCUGCAACACGUCGUUCGUCAAGACAGCCGGGUGCAACAAAUUGACCUGUCCCUGCGGCUACAAGAUGUGCUACGUCUGCCGUAAGGACAUUGGUGGAGAGAAUGAGGGGUAUCAGCAUUUCUGUCAACAUUUCCGACCCGAGGGCGACGGACGGCGGUGUAGAGAGUGUGAUAAGUGUAAUCUAUGGGAGGCUGAAAAUAUUGAAGAAAUUCUUCGACAAGCAAAGGAGGAGGCAGAGCGAAGAUGGAGGAAAACCGAGAUGCGCGAGCUAUCUGAUGCCGAAAGAGCAUACCUCGAGAAUAACGAGGUAGGUGAUUUCCGUCUAGGAGACAUGGUUCUCAACCGGUGGCUCCCGCGCGGUAGAAUACCAACUAUUGAGGAAUUCUGGGACGUUGUUGUCAGCUCCUUAUUUGUAUAACGACGAAAUGGGCCAGGUCGACACGCGAGCCGGGGAAGGGGGUUGCUUCAUCUGCAUAUUCGAAAACAUGAAGGUAUUUCAUACACGCAUAGCAUAGGAGUAAGCACGAAUAGCGUGAGCACUGUUUACAUGUUAAUAUCUAUCCGUAAACAGGAUAACAGUCUUGCGUCUAACUCGGUAACAACGCAC